AUGCUCAAGUCGGCAGCGCCGCUCACCCCUCCCACCCCAUCACCGCCUGCAGCAUCAGACAUAAAUAAACUCUUGAGUUUUGAUGAAAAAAGACAGAAGGAUUGCAAUGACCUAAAAAGAAAACUCCAAGUGGAGAAGUCGACCGUCAGGAAACUCACGCAGGAAGAAAAAGUGGCACAAUGCCAACGGGAAAUCGACCCAGAGGCGGAAAAGAUGGAAGCCUUGACGGAAUCUAACAAAGAAAUGGAAGAGAAGAAGAGGGAGCGGGAGUUGCCAUUAAGAGGUUACGACCUCUCUGUGUUGCAGCGGGAGCUCGAGGAGCAGCAGCAGCAACAGCAGCAGCCGCAGCAGCAGGAACCAGUGAUUGAGUUGCUCACUGAGCAGCGGUUCUGUCCUCACGACUUCUCUGUGCUUUGCCCCUUUGCUUGGAUACCCAUAGGAGAUGAAUCUUCUUGCAAAGCUCCAGAAGCUUACAUUGGGAGCUGCGAAAGGCAAAUGAACUUCGCUGUUAGCCAAUCAGAGAAAGAACAGCUAGAGGAUCAGUGCCUCAUUUCUUGGCCCUGGGAAGAUAACGGCAUUUGCGAGGCACCUUUCUCUUAUUCCGGUGAGCAAGGGGUUUAG